AUGGAAGCCCCUGACCGAUCCGACGCAGUCGCGCUCCCAGCCAGCGGCCAGCUCAGUCGUCCCGGCCCUGUGUUCGGAAUACGGGAGGGGGUCUUCCAAUCCCACACCCCAGGCCAGUAUUCAAUCACUACAUCUGUAACAUCUACUCGCACUGAAAAUUCUUCGGCUUGCAGCUACCGGUCAGCUCCUAGCCGUAGAGCUCGUCGCCCAGGUCGCACCAGACUUGUUCCGGAGCACCUAAACAUCUAUUAUGAAAACGCAGGAGGGCUAAAUACCUACGUCAACGACUACCUGCUGGCCUGCGCAGACACCCUCUACGACGUAAUCGUCAUCACGGAAACCUGGCUAGAUGAUCGAACACUGUCGAGUCAAGUUUUUGGUCCGGGAUACGAAGUCUUUCGUUGCGACCGGUCUCCCCGCACCAGCAGCAAGUCAGCAGGAGGAGGAGUAGCAAUUGCAGUGGCGCGCCGUCUCAGAAUUGAAGUCGUUCACAUUACGAAUCAGAACUGGUGCUGUGUGGAGCAGGUGUGGCUAGCACUGAACUUCGGCGAUCACAAGCUGUACGUCUGCGCGGUCUACUUGCCACCUGAUCGGUACCGUGACACUGUCUUAUUUCAAGCGCAUGUUGACUCUGUCAACACCGUCACUUCUGAUGCUCGACCCGUAGAUGACAUCCUGGUAAUCGGCGACAUGAACUUUGACAAGCUUCGGUGGCUGCACUCUCACGAUGGAUUCCUGUAUCCUGAUCCACGCCUCCAGGCUAAGUCCGUUAACAUCACCGAUCUGUUGGACGUCUACAGUACCGCCACGCUGGAGCAGAUAAAUAGCUUCCCAAACGAGAACAACAAUACGCUUGACCUCUGCUUCGUCAGCCGGCAGGACGUUGCGCCUCCAAUAUAUGUCGCCCCAGCUCCUCUAGUUAAGACCGUUCCCCAUCACCAGCCCCUGAUCUUGUCCCUUGACGUACUCCGCUAUCCCGCACGCACUGUGACAUUCGAACCGAUCCGGUACGAUUACCGCAAGGCUGACAUUAACGGAAUCGCUGAGAUAUUAACGAGCAUUGACUGGACUAAUACGCUAGACCCAGACGAUGUUAAUGUGGCGGUGCAGACCUUUUCUAACAUUCUCUCGUACGCAAUUGACCGUCACGUACCCAAAAAAGCAAUCCUGCCCCCCGAUCGCAUCCCGUGGCAGACCAACGAGUUGAAGAAGCUGAAAUCCAAAAAACGAGCCGCUCUCAAAAAGUUUUCCCGAAGGCGCACACUACCACUCAGAGACCACUACCUUCGACUGAACCAACGGUACAAGACUUUGAACAAUCACUGUUACAACCGCUAUCGAUACCGGAUCCAACAAAAACUGAAAUCUAAUCCGAAGGCCUUCUGGAAACACUUCAAUGACCAGAGGAAAGAAAGUGGUUUGCCUUCCUCUAUAUUCCUUGACAACGAGACCGCUUCAAAUCCCGAUACCAUCUGUCAACUGUUUGCAGAGAAAUUUUCCAGAAUGUUCAUCAAUGAAACCCUUUCACCGCACGAGGUCGCAGCCGCCACUGAAAAUGUGCCACCCUGCGGCAACGUUCUGGACCGACUCGGAAACAAACGUGACAUGGACAACUACCGGGGGAUCUCGGCGCUUUGCGCUGUCUCCAAACUGUUCGAGCUCGCUGUGCUCGACCUGGUGUUUUUUCACUGCAAGCAACAGAUCUGCGCUGAGCAACAUGGCUUCAUGCCGGGACGUUCGACUACAUCGAACUUGCUGACCUUCACCACCUACCUGACCAAGGGGCUAGCUAGUCGAAGCCAAACCGACGUAAUCUAUACUGAUCUCUCCGCAGCCUUCGACAGGCUCAACCAUGACAUCGCGAUCGCUAAGCUCGAAAAACUAGGGUUUAGUGGCAGUUUGCUCGGUUGGUUUCAGUCCUAUCUUUCCAGACGAACAAUCAGUGUGAAGAUCGGUGAAUGCGUCUCGCUGCUAUUCCUCGCCUACUCCGGUGUAGCGCAAGGAAGUCACUUGGGGCCUCUUAUAUUCUUGCUCUACUUUAACGACAGCAAUUUUGUACUGGAUGGACCAAGACUCGCUUAUGCCGACGACUUGAAGAUCUUCCGGUACGUGAACUCAACGGAUGACGCUGAACUACUUCAACAGCAGCUGGAUCAAUUCGCCGACUGGUGUGCCACAAACCGCAUGACCUUAAAUCCUCAGAAGUGUUCCGUUAUAUCGUUCACCAGGAAGCUCAGGCCGAUCACGCACAACUACACGCUCCUCGGAACAACCGUCCCGCGGGUCGAAUGCAUAAACGAUCUCGGAGUGCUGCUAGACGCGAAGCUCACGUACAAGAAUCACGUCGCAUACAUCGUUGCAAAAGCCUCAAGACUGCUUGGUUUCAUAUUUCGUGCGACCAAAAAGUUUACCGACGUCUACUGCCUGAAGUCAUUGUACUGCGGCCUUGUUCGGUCAACCCUGGAAUACAGUUCCGUGGUGUGGAAUCCCUGGUACCAGAAUAGCUCGGAGAGGAUCGAGAGCGUGCAGCGACGAUUCGCACUCCGCUUGCUUCCAUGGAGUGACCCCCACCGUCUCCCAAGCUACGAAAGCAGAUGUCAGCUAAUCCAUCUGGACUCUUUGGCUGUUCGUCGCAACGCCGCACGUGUAACCGCUGUUGCCGACCUGCUCACAUCAAGGAUUGAUUGCCCCUCCCUACUCGGUGAGCUGAAUCUGCAAGCUAGAUCUCGUGUGCUGCGCGGAGGUGCCUUCUUCCGAAUCCCACUAGAAGCUGCCAACUACAGUGCACAUGGCUCCAUCAUCGGACUUCAACGGACCUUCAAUCGAUCCAACACCAAUCAACCGGCACAUGACAUCGGAGAGAAAGCAACGAUGAAUGAAUGA